CUUAACGAACUAAUCAGAUAUUCAUAUAUAUACGGAGUAUUAAGAGUCUCGCCGCCGUAGAGUACUUAACGGUCGUCGGUGGAUCGAUCGCCAUGGCUUCCGACGGCAACCAAUUCCCUCCACAAAAGCAGAACUCUCAACCCGGGAAAGAGCACAUCAUGGACCCCACUCCUCGCUUUUCUUCUCAACGUUAUAUGCCUUCCAACCGCCUUCAGGGUAAGAUAGCAUUGGUGACCGGAGGAGAUUCCGGCAUCGGGCGAGCGGUUUGCCACUGCUUUGCCUUAGAGGGCGCCACGGUGGCAUUCACCUACGUGAAGCCGCAAGAGGACAAGGACGCAAGGGACACCCUUGAGAUCAUAAAGCAAGCAAAGUGCAACGGCGCGAGUGACCCCAUGGCCAUACCGACCGACUUGGGGUUCGAGGAGAACUGCAAGAAGGUCAUUGAGUCCGUGGUGAAUGCGUACGGGAGGAUUGACGUUCUCGUCAACAAUGCAGGAGAGCAAUGUGAGGGGUCGAUCCAGGAGAUCGAUGAGCCUCGGCUUUUGCGCGUUUUUCGAACUAAUAUUUUUUCCCAAAUCUUUCUCGCCAAACAUGCAUUGGAGCACAUGAAGGAAGGGAGUGCAAUAAUCAACACAACCUCAGUGACGGCGUACAAGGGGAGUCCAAAGCUGAUAGACUAUUGCUCGACGAAGGGGGCGAUUGUGGCAUUCACGAGAGGGCUUGCGCUGCAGCUGGUGAGCAAGGGGAUACGGGUGAACGCGGUCGCCCCAGGCCCCAUUUGGACGCCGCUCAUCCCGGCCUCCUUCACUGAACAAGAGUGCGUGGAGUUUGGGAAGGAGGUGCCCAUGCAGAGGGCGGGCCACCCCAUCGAGGUCGCCCCUUCCUACGUUUUCCUCGCGUCUAGCCCCGAAUCGUCCUACAUGACCGGCCAAGUCCUCCAUCCCAAUGGGGGGACGGUUGUUAAUGGCUAAGGGAGUUCUUGUGUAGCUAUAUAUCUAUCUAUCUAUACAUGUUGUGUCCUGUGUAUUUAUGUGUGUCGGUCUGUGUUAGUGUGGCGUGCUGAAAAAAAGGGGCCUUAGUGGUUUCUGUGUGUCAAAAAUAUAAUAUGAGAUGGCAAAUAACCCUUUGUGGUGAUUAUGUGUAGAAAAUAAGGGGAGUUCCAUUCAGGAGAUCACUUAUAAUAAUACACUGAUUUGGAA